UGGGCACCCUGCUUGAAAAAGACUGUGUUAGAUUAUAGCCAGGGGCAGACUGACCAUUUGGAAACUCGGCCACUGCUCGAGGGCCCAGGGUCAGUAGGGGGCCCCAUGAGAUGCCCCUGGUACCUUUUUCAUAGGCUUUUUUGAGUUUGGGCAAGGACACAGGGGGCCCCAUGAUCCCCUAUUGCCCGGGGCCCCAUGAGUUGUCAGUCUGCCCCUGAUUAUAGCAUAUGUGAUGUGGUAAAAUAUACAACAGUAAUGACCUGCGGCUCUAUCCAGCCAGCCCAGAAUUUGUCAAAU